CUUUCUUUCUGAAAUCCUCUAAUCCUCAACAUGUUUGUUAAUGCCAACAUUAUCUCCUGCAACUUCUCUACCUUCCCAUCGCUUACUCUCAAUCUUAAAGACCCAGAACUCAAAACUUCUCUGCAAAGCCACAACCUUAAACCCAGAAUCCCAUUUCUCAAAGAAACCUCAAAGUUUUCAGCUUUUCUUAAACCCCAGAAUCAUAGAAGCUCAAUCUUAGCAUUUCAGAGGAAGGGACUUGCUCAAAUUUGUCAUUUUUCCUUAACAAGGCAGAAGUCAGAAGACCCAGUUGUGGAAGAAAGAGAUCCUUUGGAAGGUGGGGUUGGUGGAAAUGGUAGAAAUGGCGGAAAUGGUGGAAAUGGUGGAGAGGGAAGGGACUGGACAACCUCAAUUUUGCUCUUGGUCUUGUGGGGAGCACUCUUGUAUUAUGUUUUCAAUCUCAGUCCAAACCAGACCCCGUCGAGGGACAUGUAUUUCUUGAAAAAACUCCUGAAUUUGAAGGGAGAUGAUGGUUUCAGGAUGAAUGGUGUGCUUGUGUCUCUGUGGUACAUAAUGGGCUUGUGGCCUUUGGUGUAUAGCAUGCUGCUGCUCCCAACAGGUAGAAGCUCAAAAAGCAAAGCUCCAGUCUGGCCAUUCCUAAUAAGCUCAAAAAGCAAAGUUCCGGUCUGGCCAUUCCUAAUACUCUCAUUCUUCGGUGGUGCAUAUGCUCUUCUUCCCUAUUUUGUACUUUGGACACCGCCACCACCUCCUGUUGAAGAAACAGAAAUCAAAAGAUGGCCUCUGAAUUUUCUGGAAUCAAAAUUAACUGCUGCGAUAUCACUUGCUGCAGGACUAGGUAUAAUUGUUUAUGCAGGUUUAGCUAACUGGGAUGACUGGAAGGAAUUUUACCAGUACUUCAGAGAAAGCAAAUUUAUCCAUGUCACUUGCCUUGAUUUCACCCUGUUAUCUGCAUUUGCUCCAUUUUGGGUUUACAACGAUAUGACUGCCAGGAAAUGGUUUGACAAAGGCUCUUGGCUUCUUCUCCUAUCACUGGUGCCAUUCUUGGGUCCUGCUUUGUACCUUGUCCUAAGGCCGUCACUAUCAACAAUGCCCGUUACAGUCAGCCGCACAACAUCCGAGCCUAAAUGAUGUUCAUAUUUCUUGCACUGAUGUCGUUUGUGUGGUGAUUUUAUCACUGUAUGGUGAAAGAAGAAUAGCCAGCCUAAGAUGGAUGAAAUAAACUUGAAAGGGAAAAAUUUUGAAAUGCCAUUAAUUGCUGUGUACUCAACUGUUCAGUCCCUGCUGCCAGAUGACGAGUUAUUUUCCCUAUGCAGACUGCUGGAUGUGCUUAUGAAAGGAGAAAGAAUGGUUGUCAGAAAUUAGUUCACCUCUUCAUGGUGAAAGUCACCUGAAAUUAUAGUUUCAACUCUUUUCCUAUUUAUUUUGCAUCAAGUAAUACAUGAUUGGUUUCAUGAGCAAGAUAAUUCCCUGUUACUUUGUUUUGGACAUUGUAACAUUAAAGAAGGCAUGCUCCAUAAUUAGAGGCUUCUAGGAUAUUACAACAUUUCGGUAGAUGUAUUAGAUUGUAUAAUUUUGG